AUGGACGAGGACCUGUCCGAGUCGAGCUCUCGUGGCUCCUCAAGGUCCUCGAAGCUGGUCGGGCAGUACAUUGCCACCGAGCUCCUUGCACGGUCUGCAGUCCCAAGCGAGCCCUCCACUGCCAGGUCGGUGGUCGCCUCUGAGGCCAGAGGAAGUCUCAGAGAAGAAAUGGAAAACGGCUUAGACGCCUCGCACACGGAGCCGGAGGCCAGAGAAGGCAUCAGAGAAGAAGCGGCUCAGAACGGCUUAUUAGACGCCUCGCACACGGCGGAGCCGGAGGCCAGAGAAAGCAGCAGAGAGGACAAGGCUGAGAACGGCUUGGACGUCCUGCCCACGGCGGAGCCGGAGGGAGCGGCGGAGCCGCAGGCUGCCAGAGAAAGCAUCAGAGAGGACAAGGUCGAGAACGGCUUAGAUGUCCCGCACACGGCGGAGCCGGAGGCUGGAGAAGACGUCAGAGAAGAAACGACCCCAAACCGCUUCGAUGCCUUACUUGCGGAGCUGCAGGAGGAGCAAGAAGACGAACAUGAUUCUGCCGCGGACGAGCUUGCAGAGCAAGCUACUUUCACAAUCUGCGUGACAGAUUCAGUGACUCGGAAGAGCAUUGUCUUGCUCGAACCGCCUGUGUUCGACAUGCCGGUGGCGGCAGCUGAGGCCCCGGUGCCAUCUUCUGACCCACCUUCCGAGGCAACUGUCGCGCCAGAGCAAUGCCCCAAGACGAAAGACGAGCUGCAUCAAGAGAUGGACGUGCUAGCGGCCUCACUGACGGCGGGUCUUGAGAUCCCCGCAAAGGACGGCGAUGUCGCAACAGAGGUGGCCACACUGGCUCCGGAGCAGGAGGAGAUGCAGGAAAUGCAGGCGCUCGUUGCCACCGAGCCUUCGCCUCCUGCAGAGGAGGCUGAGCGUAGCGCGGGGAAGGCGCUGACUCCAAGAGCAUCCAUGACGCAGGAUACCCCUCGGAGCGGAGCUUCAGGUCACACGUCUGCCGGGACUUCGGAAUUGGACCUGGCCACGGAGCUGGUGCAUGCCGCCUGCCAAGCUCACGACACGCCGCAAGAAGCCAUAUCUGUGGUGGUGUCCCAGGCGCUUGUACUUCUGGUUGCAAGUACUGCAACUGCUGCUGCUGCUGCUGAGAAAACAGUCGACUGUUAA